CGAGCCACCCGUUCAAUCCCUUCUCUGGCUCACAAAUGGAGCUUCUGGCAACUUCUGCGACAGCUUCUUCGCUCCAAUGCGCUUUUCUUCCUCGCAAAGGGUUUUUCGGAACUCCGGUAUCUGCUGGCACAGAGAGAAGGUGCAUAAGGAAACUAGGAUCUCUUAAAAUCGCUGCAAAGUUUGAUCUGAAGCCUCCUCCGUAUCCAAUGAAUGCUUUGGAGCCGGUUAUGAGCGAGAAGACAUUUGAGUUUCACUGGGGGAAGCACCAUAGAGCAUAUGUAGAUAACUUAAACAAGCAAAUAGCAGGAACUGAACUAGAAGGGAAGUCACUGGAAGACGUUGUAGUUUUUUCAUACAAUAAGGGUGAUCCUCUUCCAUCUUUCAACAAUGCAGCACAGGUCUGGAACCAUGACUUCUUCUGGGAGUCUAUGAAACCAGGUGGUGGGGGGCCCCCAUCUGGGGAGCUUCUACAACUAAUUGAAAGAGAUUUUGGUUCGUUUGAAAAGUUCUCUGAUGAGUUUAAGACUGCUGCCGCAACACAAUUUGGUUCUGGUUGGGCUUGGCUUAUAUUCAAGGACAACAAGCUAGCGAUAGUCAAGACUCCCAAUGCUGUGAACCCCCUGGUCAUGGAUGGUUAUCCGCUCCUUACCAUUGAUGUUUGGGAGCAUGCUUACUAUCUAGACUUUCAGAACCGGCGGCCAGAUUAUAUUUCUGUGUUCAUGGAAAAGCUCGUGUCAUGGGAUGCAGUCAGUGCAAGGCUUGAACAAGCGAAGGCUCUGGUGUAGACACAAAAACCAAGGAAGCUGAGAGGGAAAUAAUAGAGGAGGAAGAGACAUUGACAUCCUGGAAGCUAUGGAGGAGAUUUAUCCUCAAUAGGGGUACUAGAGAGGUCAGAUAAUGGUGCAGCGAAAUUUUUCAUCAGUGAUGGAGUAUGCUUUUGUGUUUGAAUCCGUGCUUUGUAUACACUUUUUAAUAAACCUCUAUCUCAUGGAUAUCUUGAGAACCUAUUAGUGGAAGUCGCAAUGUCAAUUAAUAAAUUUCUCUAAACUUUCACAGCUCU